AUGGACCAACAAGAGCCAGGUGCAAGCUCAUCCGACCAUGCUACAUCCUCCAGAGCGGACCCGAAUCUGCUGCGUCACUUUGUCAUGGGCUACCUCCAGCAACAUGGGUUCGACAAGGUUCUCGCGACUUUCAAAGCCAAUCUUCCCGAUGAACGCGAUGUCGAUGGAAGCGAAGAUGCGAGACAAGAUAGAGAAGCUGUUGUCAGAGCUCCGGGACCUGUUCCUAUAGAAUCUGCACUCAAGAGGAAUAUACCACAGGCACAGGCUGUCUCCGCCUCCGCUUUAUCCGAUCUCAUAACUCCCGAGUUUGAGGCUCAGGCGAGGUAUAUCGUCGAGCAGAUGCAGAAGAAGUUUGGAGCCGCCGCUCAAGGAGAAGGGGAUGAUGAUGUGGCUGUCAAUCAGGAGAGUCUGUUGGAUCCUUCAGAUAGGAGUGAGGGUUAUAAGAGGUUCAGACGAUGGGUUGACAGGGGUUUGGAGAUGUGGAGGGUGGAACUGGAUGCUUUGUCCUAUCCCAUCUUCAUUCACACCUACUUGGACCUCAUGAGUUUCGGGUUUACCAGAGCAGCUCGAGAAUUCUUCGAUAAACAUAGUAGCGCACAUCAACCUCAACAUCCUCAAGAUAUUGCAACUCUUUCAUCAAUAAAAAACCGCCAACAUCUCUCUUCUAAUCCUUUCUGUCAACGACUACUAAACGAGAAAUAUACCAUCACAAUGUCACGCAAUCCUCAUGAUUUAGUAUUACAAUGGCUCAGUGGGGCAGGUCUUGACGACGAAUGGGAAUCUGGACUCCAAACUCCCUCUGGCCGCGCCAAAGAGGCCGUAAAAGGUAUCAUUUUCAGUAGGAUCACUCUAAAAGUGUCUGAACAAUCUACACCACUCGACAAAAUCACCAUCGCCUCUUCUUCUGGACUCCUUGCCUCUGUCAUCCCUUCCACCUCGUCCGUAGAAACUUUCAACAAUACUGGUAAAUUAAAAUUGGGUCCUGCGCCUAUGAGGGAAAAACUCAAGGAACAAGUGAUUCGAACUCUACAAGAUGACGAUCUUCGAACCAACGGCGUAAACGGUCAUUCGUCCCCUCCAAAUGGUAAUGGAUCGGAUGGACAAGUGGAAUGGAACGGUCACAUGAACGGGGAUGUAGAGAUGCAUUCUGGGGACGAAACACCAAGACCGAUGGUAGUUCAUGAGAUCAAGAUUGAACCGGAUGUUGACCCCGAGUUGAUCAGUCCAGAAGAGGGAGAGACUGUACCUCCUUUACCGGCUGUUUUCAGAAUAGCGGAUCUGAAACGAGAGGUGGAAGCGGUAAGGGAUAGAAGGAAAAUGAUCAGGUUGGGAACGGAUCCCAAUGCUGCUGGACCAAGUACACCGAUACUACCUAGUAUUGUGGCAUUUACUCUCUUUGACAAUGGGGAAGGAGCUUCGUCGAUCGAAUUCUCACCGGAUUCCUCUCUCAUGGCAGCGGGCUCACCGGAGAGCUGCAUCAGACUGUGGAAUCUCAAAGGUGAAAAGUUGAAGGCAAAGUCUGUCGACCCACUAUCCGGUUCGUUAGUAGAAGAUGAAGGUCUACCUAUGCGAAAACUCAUCGGUCAUUCGGGACCCGUUUACUCCCUCUCUUUCGACCCACUGAAUGGUUCCGCCUCUUCACCCUCCUCCCUCCUAUCAGCAUCACAAGACGGAACAGUCCGUCUUUGGUCUCUUGACACAUAUACCAACCUCGUCGCUUAUAGAGGUCAUGGUCGUGAUCCCGUAUGGGAUGUGGAAUGGGGACCGAUGGGGGUGUAUUUCGCCACAGCAAGUAGAGAUAGGACAGCGAGAUUAUGGUGUUCUGAUCGGGUAUCUCCUGUCAGGAUGUAUACGGGACAUUUAUCAGAUGUUAAUUGCGUCAAAUUCCACCCGAAUUCAUUGUACUUGUCUACGGGAUCUAACGAUGCCUCCUGUAGACUGUGGGAUGUACAAAGAGGGGCUUGUAUCAGGUUGUUUUUAGGGCAUGUGGAUGCAGUGACGACUCUGGCAAUCAGUCCAGAUGGGAAAAUGCUCGCUUCUGCCGGCCUCGACAGUAAUAUCUGGUUAUGGGACCUCGGUUCAUCCCGUCCUAUCAAAACUAUGACCGGUCAUCGAGGACCCAUCUCCUCCCUUACCUUCUCUUCAGAAUCAUCAAUGCUCGUUUCUGGUAGUUUGGACUGUACCGUGAGAUGUUGGGAUGUUAAAUCUGCCGGUGGAGAACGUGGAUCGAAUGCGAGAACGGAUGAUGGGACGAGGCGAGAAAGUGGGAAUGGAUUAGAUGGGUUGGGUUUGGAAAGGGGAGAGUUACCUAUGGGACAAGGGGAAAUAGAAUGGGAUAACGUACCUCAAACUUCUGAUCUUCUCUCCACAUAUCGAACAAAACGUACCCCAAUAACCAAAACCCAUUACACACCUCGAAACCUGUGUAUGGUAGCUGGAACUUUUAUUCCUCCGGGCAAAUCUGGCAAUACAACAUGA